AUGGAAAUAUUCAAAUGUCGAAUUGGAGGUUUUAAUGAUGAAGCAAUUCUUGGAUUUUGCCAAAUUAAAAAUUUUUAAAAGAACCCCUAGUUUUGUUUCAAAACUUACACUUAAGCACUUUAAGAUCAUGAUGAUGAUUGUUUAAGAUUAAAUUUGUUAAGUGGAUUAAUCAAUGAACAUAUUCAAAAUCAUUCUAAUUUUAUUGAUUAGUAAAAUGGUAUUAGGAUUCAGCUAGAAUCCACAUUUAGAAAAUAUUAAUCGAUAUUGGAAUAAUAGAUUUAAAGAUUAAAAGAAAUGGAUUAAUAAUUAAAUAAUAUAUCAUGCUUAUCUUUUGAAUAAUAUUUGCAUUUCAUAUAAUAAUUGGAAUAGUAAAAUACUUAUGAAAAAUAGAGUAAAUAAGAAUACUAAUUUUAGGAUUUUUCAUAAUACAAUUGAAUAAGACUAUUGAAGCAUUGAAGGAAUUAAAAAAAGAACAAUAGGCAAUAUACUUAGAAGGAAGCAAUAUGGCAAGAAAUGUCUAAGAAGAACCAAGCUAAUUUUAGAGAUAAUAAAAAGCUUAAUAAUUUUAAUUCAAAUAUGAAUAGAAAAGAAAAAAAUGUUUAGCAAGAUAAUUACUUAAUGAUGAAUAUUUAUAAGAAGCAUUAAAAUCCUUACCUGAUUCUUAACAAGAUUGUAUUAGUUCAGGUAAAAUAAAAUUAAUUUUAGGCAAUAUAUUAUAUAAUUUGAAUCGUUUUGAGAAAGCUAUUUAGUUUUAUGAUAAAGCUUUAAACAUCGAUCCUAAAGAUUCUGAUGCACUGAAUAACAAAGGUAAUUAAGUUCUUCAUUUUAUUUAAAAUUUUAGGCGUAGCAUUAAGCGAGUUAAAUUAUUUUGAGGAAGCUAUUUAAGUUUAUGAUACGGCUUUAAAAUUGAAUCCAAAACAUUUUGAAGCGACAUAUAACAAGGGUAGAGGAUUUUUUAAUUUAUAUUUAAUUUUAGGUAAUGCAUUAUAUAAUUUGAAUCGUUUUGAGGAAGCUAUUUAGUUUUAUGAUAAAGCUAUUUAAAUCUAUCCUUAAGAUUCUGAUGUACCCAAAAACAAAGGUAAAUAGGCUUUUUAUUUGUUAUUUUAGGCAAUGCCUUAUACAAUUUGAAUCGUUUUUAGGAAGCUAUUGAAUUUUAUGAUAAAGCCAUAAACGUUAAUCCUGAAGAUUUUGAUGCACUCAAAAACAAAGGUAAAUAAGUCUUCCUAUUAAUUUUAAUAAUAGGUAUUGCAUUAGAUAGGCUGUGUUGGUUUGAAGAAGCCAUUUAAAUAUAUGAUCAGGUUUUAAGAAUUAAUCCUAAAGAUUGUGAUACACUCAAAAACAAAGGUAUAUUAGUUUUUCAUUUUAAUUUUAAUAAUAGGUAUUGCAUUAAGUAGGUUAUGUCGGUUUGGAGAAGUCAUUUAAAUAUUUGAUCAAGUAUUAAACAUCAAUCCUAAAGAUUGUGAAGCACUCAAUAGAAAAGGUACAUGGGUUAUUCAUUUAAUUUAAUAAUAGGUCUUGCAUUAUAUGAUUUGAAUCGCUUUUAGGAGGCUCUUUAUUUUUAUGAUACAGCUUUAAACAUCAAUCCUAAUUAAUGUGAUGUACUCAAUAACAAAGGUAACUAAAUUUAGAAUUUUAUUCUCAAUUUUAGGUUUGGCAUUAAGAUAAUUAAAUUUUUAUAUUGAAGCCAUUUAGUUUUUUGAUUAAGUUCUUAAUAUAAAUCCUAAAGAUUUUGCAGCGCUAUAAAACAAAGGUUAAUGAAUUUUACAUUAUUUUAAAUUUUAGGCUUUACAUUAUAUAAAAUGAAUCAUUUUGAGGAAGCUGUUUAGUUUUAUGAUAAAGCUUUAAAUAUUGAUUCUUAAAAUUAUAAUCUGCUCAAGUGCAAAGGUAAAUGAGUUUUUUAUUUUAUUAUAGGUUUAGCAUUAUUUAAUUUGAAUCAUUUUGAGGAAGCUAUUUAAAAUUAUGACAAAGCUUUAAACUUCGAUCCUAAUGGUGUUGAUCUGCUCAAUAACAAAGGUAAUUGAGUUUUCAUAUAAAUUUUAUUUUAGGCUUAGCAUUAUAUAAUUUGAAUCGUUUUGAAGAGGCUAUUUAGUUUUUUGAUAAAGCUUUAAACAUAAUUCCUAAUAAUUGUGAUGUCCUCAAUAACAAAGGUAAUUGAGUUUGUCUUAUUAUUUAAAGGCAAUGCAUUAUAUGAUUUGAGUCUUUAUGAGGAAGCUAUUCAGGUUUAUGAUAAAGCUUUGAGCAUCAAUCCUCAACAUUUUGAUGUGCUUAAUAACAAAGGUAAUUUUAUUUUUUGUUAUUUUAAACCUUAGGUUUAGCAUUAAGCGAAUUAAAUCGUUUUGAAGAGGCUAUAACAUUUUAUGAUAAAGCUUUAAAUAUUAAUCCUGAAGAAUGUGAUUUGAUAAAUAAAAUAGGUAAUUGAGAUUUCAUUUAAAUUAAUUUUAGGCUUAGCGUUAUAUAAUUUGAAUCGUUAUGAGGAAGCUAUUUAGUUUUAUGAUAAAGCUUUAAUCAUCAACCCUAAAGAUUCUGAUGUACUGAAUAACAAAGGUAAUUGAGUUUUUUAUUUUAUUUCUAAUUUAGUUUAAGCAUUAUACAAGUUAAAUCGUUUUGAGGAAGCUUUAAAAUUUUAUAAUAAAUUUUUAGAUAUCUAUCCUGGAAAAUGUGAUGUGAGAAAUAACUAAGGUAAAAUAAAUCUUUCAAUUUAUUUUUCUGUUAGCAGUAGGAUUACUUAAACUAAAUCGCUCUUAGUAAACUAUUUAAAACUAUGAUCCAGCUUAAAGCAUCUAGCC